AUCAAUCUCCUUCCUCCUCAUCUCAUAAACAUUUAUUAUUUUUUCUCCUGAUCAAUCUGCAAAAUGGAGACCAACAAAAAUGUUUGUUGUGAUCAAAUGAAAUCAUCAAAAGAGUUACAUGUACUUGCUGUUGAUGAUAGUAAUAUUGAUAGAAAAGUUAUUGAAAAGCUUCUCAAAGUUUCGUCUUUCAAAGUUACUGUUGUUGAUAGUGGUACCAGAGCCUUACAAUAUCUUGGGUUAGAACAAGAAAAUAACAAUAAUUCCGAUCACUUUCAUGAAAUGAAAGUUAACAUGAUCAUAACCGAUUAUUCAAUGCCUGGGAUGACUGGAUUUGAACUCCUAAAGAAAAUCAAGAAUUCUUCAACAUUGAAGGAGAUACCUGUUGUGAUCAUGUCUUCUGAGAACAUCCUAACACGAAUUGAUCGAUGUUUGGAAGAAGGGGCAGAGGAAUAUUUACUAAAACCCGUGAAGCUAGCGGAUGUGAAGCGCUUAAAGGAUUCAAUUUUCAAAACCAAUGAAACCGAAAUUGAAAUUCAAUCACACAACAAAAGAAAAAGAAAUGAUGAUCCGCGAUUGCCGAUGCUGCCAGCAGCUCUUGCCUGCCACAAAUCAACAAUGUCUCCACCGGCUUCACCUCAACAACGAACACCAAAGCUAGCUAGAUUAUUGUAGUUUUAAUUAGUCGCCAUAUAUUUCAAUCUGAUUUUUUGACCUUAAUUGGUGCGAUGUUUUUGACUGACUAAGCUAGAGGAACCUUGAAAAAGAUUUGUACAUGUUUUUUACCUUGAAUGUCCUCUACAUAUUUUGACAUCAGGAAACAAUAUUAUAUGGAUGUUGUGUGUGUGUAUGUGUCCAGUCCACACAACAUGACUUUUUUGUUGUUGAUGAAUAUAUACAUAUUUUUGCCUA